AUGUACCGCCCCAACUCCCUGUGGACGUGGUCCUUCUGCAUCGUUACCCUGGUCCAGACGAUUAUUACUCUGGCGCUGGAAUGCUAUAUCUUCGUCAAUUUCCAGGUUCAAUUGCUUCCAUCGGCCGCCACCACAACUGCCUCGAAACCCAUCCCAACCUUCCUCGCACUCUAUAGUUUCGGUUUCAUCUACGAACUGAUUCUCGUGUACGACGCGCUGCGCCUGAAGAACACCAUCCAGGUUAUCGGACUGUGUAUGUGCAAUCUCGGGCUGUUGGUCUAUGGCGCUGUGCAGGUGCAACAGAUUCGGGAUGCUGUGCAAAUUCUGUGGGACAACGGCGCUAUCGCAGGAAAUGUCUGGGGGGAAACCGAACCAUUUCUGAUCAUCAUUCCCUGCGUCGUGGCCAUGGGCUCGAUCUUGAUGAUUAUCGUUGCCUGGAAAUUGUACGACGAGUUUGCGUGGUCCAUCUACAAACAUAUCAGCGCCGAUCUGCGAAUGAAGCGCCGGUAUCUGACUUAUCAGAUCUACAUUUCGCUGCUCAAAUUCGACUUCUUCUUCUUCCUCGGGUUCACUGUCCAGUUCGUCGUCAUCGUCACAAACAGGUCCGACGUUGAAUUUGCCCUUACGCUUGCUGCGAUCCCCGUGACAAUCAUCAUCCUGAUCUGCGCGGCCUUCUUUGUGCGACGCGAAAGCUCAAUUGGAAUGAUCGUUGUCAUUCUUCUCUAUUUCGCGGCAAUGGCCUAUUUCCUGUUCAAACUAGUCCGGAUGUACCAGCCCGGUACCUACGACCUAUAUUUGACUGCCCGGCGCUCAUUGACCUUCUUCGCUGUCAUCACCCUUGUGCUCAUCGUCAUCACCAUUAUCAACGCCUGUGUCUGUAUGCACAACUUUCACAAGGGCUUGAAGCAACAUGUACACAAGAAGAAGACGCAGAACAAGGAAGGCAAGACGACCGAGCUGUCCUCCAACAUCUCUUCGGGCCAGGUGCCUACUCGGAUGAUGAUCGAUUGA